GUCCUAUCGAUUUAGAUUGGCAGAACCGACUUGACUCUUUUUGCUGACAUAGAGAUAAAGCUCGACACCGUGGCGCCAAGCUGACUCGAGGUGAACCAACGUAGCCCGAGUCUAAGUCGUUGUGCUUCUUUCAGAUAAUGCCCCAUAUGUGGGGUCCGCGGCCUCUCCAUGGCAGGCAGGAGAUCGACUAAAUCUGGACAGAAAUCACGCGCGCGGCCUCGUAUUUAGGGAUUGGGUUUUCACUUUACGGAGAUCGGUCGCCUCCCCUCGUUCGACGGCUUACAUUUGCCCCCUUCUCUCACCCAGAUUUCAGAGAUUUUUGCUCCUCCCUGAGGUUCCCCGUCGAUUCCGUCAGUUUUACUGUCGAGUCGGAGGUUUUUUAUGAGGAGGUACAGUCCACCUUAUUAUAGUCCUCCUAGGAGGGGCUACGGUGGUAGAGGGCGAAAUCCACCUAGGAGAGGAUAUGGUGGGAAGGAGCAGAGUACUGGGAGCCUUUUGGUUCGAAAUAUUCCCCUGAAUUUUCGACCUGAGGAUCUUCGAGUUCCGUUUGAAAGAUUUGGUCCUGUACGAGAUGUUUAUCUUCCAAAAGACUACUAUACCGGGGAGCCCCGUGGUUUUGCAUUUGUGGAGUUUGUUGACCCGUUUGAUGCUUCAGAAGCUCAAUAUCACAUGAAUAGACAACUACUUGGAGGCAGGGAGAUAACUGUAGUUCUUGCUGCUGAAUCACGAAAAAGGCCUGAAGACAUGUGUAAAAGAGCUAGAGUUAGAGGGCCCUCCGGUAAUGAUCGCCGGCAUUCUUCUUAUUAUGGACGCUUACAUUCUUGUUCAAGGUCACCCUCACCGUCUCCCCGUUAUUCUUCAAGGUCCAGACACCGCUCGCGAUCUUACUCUCCUGCACCGAAGUCCUGCAGUGACCACGCUUCUUCCCCACGAAAAAAGCAAUCUAGUCAUGCAAGAUCUCCCAGAAAUCAUUCAAAGGAGCACAAUGAGGAUGUAAAUCAUAGAUCACAUUCUCCAAGCUACAGUGAUGCUAAUCGAAAUGUAGAUGUUAAUCAUCAUGAUAAUAGGCCUCCGCAUGAUGCUGAGGGAUCACGGUCCCAUUGGAGAUCACCAAGGCACUCGUCAGCUUCGCUGCCAGGAUCGCGAUCAAGAUCUGCUGAUUUGAGCCCCAGACGCAGCAGUGAAUGAGAGGUAUGCAUUUUUCUUUCAGGUGCAACAGUGAAUGAUCAUGACGUGCUAUGUUUCUUUCAUGUUAAGCAGAUGAUCAACUCUCUUAGUUUGCUGAGUGACAGUCGACUCGAGUGUUUUAAAGAGGACAGGACAUAAGUGAUGAGUUUUUAUAGCUAACUUAAUUUGGACAUAUGAAUAAGUACUUGUGGUUCUCUUGUUCUGCUAGCUGAUGGUCGAAGAAAAUGCUUGCCAGCAUCAGAUUUCUUUCA